AUGGGUUGUAGUGCAUCUGAAGUAUCAAAUUCUCUCAGUCAAAAUCCCCAAUAUACAGUAACACCAUUAUCAUCAUCUUCUACUUUGAAUCAGCAACCAAAUUCAAAUCGUCGUCCGAAAAGAGAUUAUCGAAUUGAUACAAAUGAAAUUAUUCAAAAUUUUCUUUUGAUUUGGCUUGACGAAAACAUCGAUGAAUCCAGCGACGAUUAUCUCAAUUCUAUCGAACAACUACGACGAACGAUUAAUACCAUUGAAAUAUUUCAUGAUACAAAUGAAUGUAUUGAUUACAUGUCACAAGUUCAAAACGAAAAGUCGUUCCUCAUUAUUUCGGGUGCUCUAUGUGAAAGUGUUGUGUCACGUAUUCAUGACACCAUACAACUACAUUCUAUUUAUGUCUUUUGUCAAAAACAAGAAAAAUAUGAAGAAUGGGCAAAAAAUUGGUCUAAAGUAAAAGGUAUUUUCACCGAAAUUACCUCAGUUUGCGACGCAGUUCGACAAUCUGCUCGACAAUGUGACCAAGAUGAUAUUGGAAUUACUGGUGUAUCGUCAUUGAACCAAAUCGAACCAUCAUUUAUGUAUACACAGCUCUUGAAAGAAAUUAUUCUUGAAAUCGAUUUCGAUGAACAGAAAGAAAUUAAAGAUCUCGUCGAACAAAAUAUAAUGAUGGCAACAAUACCAACUUUACAAGAAAAUAAUCUUGAAAGUAUAUAUUUGAUUUGGCUUGAUGCAGUAGUCGAUCAAUCACAAGAAAAUAUUGAUGCUCAACAACAAAUUCGAUCAAUUAUAAAUCAUCUUAAAACAUUUCAAAAUAUUCAAGAUUGUGAAAAAUAUAUAAAUCAAAUUUCCAAAGAUGAUCGAAUUCUUCUUAUUGUUAGUGGUCAAUUAGGACAAGAAAUAGUACCACGAAUUCAUCAUAAUCGACAAAUUUUUUCAAUUUAUGUUUAUUGUAUGAAUAAAGCAAAAAAUGAAGAAUGGGCAAAACAUUUUCCGAAGAUAAAAGGUAUAAUUACUGAAUUAAAUGACUUAUUAAAUCAAAUUCAAUUAGAUCAUUUCAAACGUAUUGAAAAUAAAGUUGAUGAACCAUUUAUAAUUAAUAUAUCAAAAUUUAAUAAUAAUUAUAAUAAUAAUAUCAUCGAUAAAUCUACUAAAGAAUUAAAUGGUGAAUUUCUUUAUUCACAAUUAUUGAUGGAUUGUCUUUUACGAAUGAAAUCAAAUUUAACUGAUAAAAAUGAAUUUAUAAAUUUAUGUAAAAAAUUCUAUGAAAAUAAUUCAAAAGAAUUAAAUCUUAUUAAAGAAUUUGAAAAAAAUUAUUCAUCAAAUCAAGUAUUAUGGUGGUAUACAAGAGAUUCAUUUAUUUAUCGUUUAUUAAAUAAAGCAUUACGUAUACAAAAUAUUGAUUUAUUAUAUCUUUUUCGUUUUAUUAUUUAUGAUAUUGAAAAACAAUUAAAAUUAUAUCAAUGUUCAUCAUCAAUACGUGUUUAUCGUGGACAAUUAAUGUCAAUAGAUGAAUUAAAUCAAUUAAAAAAUUCAAUUGGUGAAUAUAUAUCAAUAAAUUCAUUUUUAUCUACAAGUCUUAAUCGACAACAAGCAAUAAAAUUUUUAAAUGAAUAUAAUUUUUCACAUAAUUUACAAAAAAUUUUAUUUGAAAUUGAUGCUAAUCCAUAUAUAAAUAAUUUAAAAUCAUUUGCAAAUAUAUCAUCAAAAAGUUUUUAUUCAAAUGAACAAGAAAUUUUAUUUAUGUUUGGUUCAAUAUUUCGUUUAAUAAAUAUAAAACAAGAUAAUAAUGGAAUUUGGAUAAUUCAAAUGAUUUUAUCAAAUCAUAAUAAUGAAAAUCUUAAAAUAUUAUAUGAUAAUAUUAAAAAUGAAUAUAUAGAUAUUAAUAAUGAAAUAAGUCUUCUUUCAUUUGGAAAUAUUUUAUAUCAAAUGGGAAAAUAUGAUUUAGCAGAAAAAUAUUUUCAACGAUUACUUAAAGAUUUAUCAAAUAAUCAUGAUGAUAUUUCAAAAUGUUAUUAUUCACUUGGAGUAUUAGCUUUAAUUAAAGAUAAUUAUGAUUUAAGUUUAAAUUACCAUGAAAAAUCAUUAAAACUUUUAAAACCGAAUGAUUCACGUUUAGCUGAUAGUUAUCAUUGUAUUGCUUGUAUUUAUCAAAAAAAAGAAUAUUUUAAAAAUGCUUUAGAAUAUUAUAAUAAAGCUUUAAAUAUAUGGUAUAAUAAAUUUGGAGAAGAUUAUUAUCAAAUAGCGGAUUGUUUAAGUAAUAUGGGUUGUCUUUAUGAAAAAGAAGAAAAUUAUUCUAAAGCUUUAGAAUAUCAUCAAAAAGCUUUAAAAAUUCGUAAAAAAUUAUUACCAAAAGAUCAUUCUGAUUUUGGUGCAUCAUAUAAUAAUAUUGGAAAUAUAUAUCUUUAUCUUCAUGAAUAUGAUUUAGCAUUAGAAAAUUAUGAAUAUUCAUUAAAAAUAAAAAUAAAAUCUCUUCCAAUUCAACAUUCAUCAAUAGCAACAACAUUAGAAAAUAUUGGACUUGUUUAUGAAGAAAAAAAAUCAUUUGAAAAAUCUUUAGAAUAUUAUAAAAAAGCAGCUAAUAUUUUUCGAGAAACAUUUUCAUCUAAUCAUACUAAUAUGAUUGAUAUUGAACAAAGUAUUAAACGUAUUUCAUCGAUAUUAGAAUCUCAAAUAUUAACAACAUAUUUUUAA